CCGGCGCCAUGCCAGUUGCUCUCUUUUGCUGGUCAGUAAACGAGAGGAACGGAACGGAUAUCAAAUCGUCAAGUGGUCUCGGCCUCUCACUUGCCAUGCUCCAAAGAGCGCGCGCGCGCUCGGCUCCUCGCUUCCACGACCGAUUCAUCUCACGCUGAUCGGAUCCCGAGGGAUUAUUGGUGCGGCACGCGACCCGCUUGCUUUACUUACUAAUCAUCCCCGCACGAUCGGCCACCACCGUGCGGUGCGGUGCGGUGCAGUGCAGUGCGGGUCGGCGUCGGCGCGAGCUCGCAAGGCCAUGCUCUGAGAGGGAGAGAGCAUGAGGACGACACGUGCGCCGAUGAUCCGGCUCCUCCUCCUCCUCCUCCUCGUCGCGGCCGCCUGCUGCUUCUCCUCCGGCUCCGUCGCCGCCACCGACAGCAUCGGCCUGGCCGAGUCCAUCAUCGGCAACCAGACGCUCGUCUCGGCGGGCGGGAUCUUCGAGCUCGGCUUCUUCAGCCCGCCCGGCGGCCGGACGUACCUCGGCAUUCGGUACGCGGGCAUCGCGGACCGGACCGUCGUGUGGGUCGCCAACCGCAACGACCCGCUCGUCAGCACCCCCGGCGCCCUCCGGCUCGCCCCCGACGGCCGGCUCCUCAUCCUCGACCGCCAGAACAGCACCGUCUGGUCCUCCCCGGCGCCCACCAGGCGGAUCACCGCGGGCGCCGUCGCCCGGCUCGGCGACGACGGCAACUUCCUCCUCAGCUCCGACGGCAGCGGGUCGCCCCAGAGCGUGGCGUGGCAGAGCUUCGACUACCCGACGGACACGCUGCUCCCCGGCAUGAAGCUCGGGGUGGACUUCAAGCGGCGCCUCACCAGGAACCUCACGUCGUGGAACACCCCGACCGACCCCUCGCCGGGGCAGUACACGUUCAAGCUCGUCCCCGGCGGGCUCCCGGAGUUCUUCCUCUUCCAGGGCCCCAAGAAGAUCUACGCCAGCGGGCCGUUCAACGGCGCCGGGCUCACCGGCGUGCCCAACCUCAUGUCCAAGGAUUUCAUCUUCAAGGUCGUCAACAGCGCCGACGAGACGUACUACAGCUACGCCAUCACCAACCCGCAGCUGCGGUCGCGGUUCCUCAUGGACGGCACGGCGGGGGUGGUGCAGCGCUACGUCUGGACCAACGGCCAGUGGAGCAGCUUCUGGUACUACCCGACGGACCCCUGCGACACCUACGGCAAGUGCGGGGCGUUCGGGUACUGCGACACCACCCAGGCCCCGCUCUGCGCCUGCCUGCCGGGCUUCCAGCCGCGGUCGACGGAGCAGUGGAACCUCCGGGACGGGACCGGCGGGUGCGUCAGGACGACCAACCUGAGCUGCGGCGCCGCGGACGGGUUCUGGCCGGUGAGCCGGAUGAAGCUGCCGGAGGCGACCAACGCGACGGUGCACGCCGACAUGACGCUGGACCAGUGCCGGCAGGCGUGCCUGGCCGACUGCAGCUGCAGGGCCUACUCCGCCGCGAACGUCAGCGGCGGGAUCAACCGCGGGUGCGUCAUCUGGGGCGUCGAUCUGAUGGACAUGCGGCAGUAUCCGGCCGUCGUGCAGGACGUGUUCAUCCGGCUCGCGCAGUCUGAGGUCGAUGCCUUGAUUGCCGCAGCUCGCCGCCAGCGCCCAAACAGGAAGCUGCUGAUCGCAGGCGUCGCCGCUGCUUCCGGGGUGCUUCUUCUGGGGGCCAUUUUGGGCUGCUGCUGUUUCUGGAGGAAGAAACGUCAUGCCAAAACGGCACCGAGUAGCCAUAGCGAUGUGCUUCCGCUGAGGCACAGAAAACACCCCGCGGCGAGCCCGGCACGGAACCAACGGCUGGAGGAGAAUAGGAUGGGUUCCGAGAAAGAUCUUGACCUCCCGUUCUUCGACCUGGAAGCGAUUCUGACUGCAACGGAUGACUUCGACCCAGAUAGUAAGAUCGGGCAAGGUGGAUUUGGUUCCGUCUAUAUGGUACGUAUAUAUAUGAAUCAAUUAACGUUACAUAAGCUUGUUAUUUUUACUGUUGUGGAUUUUAAUUUAAUGGGUCUGCAUUGCAAUGAGCAGGGAAAACUUGAGGAUGGACAAGAAGUAGCAGUAAAGAGGUUAUCGAAGAAAUCAGUACAGGGUGUUGGGGAAUUCAAGAACGAGGUGAAACUGAUAGCAAAGCUUCAGCAUAGGAACCUUGUGAAGCUGCUCGGCUGCUGCAUCGACGACGACGAGAGAAUGCUUGUCUACGAGUUCAUGCCCAACAACAGCCUAGACACGUUUAUAUUUGAUGAAGAAAAGCGCAAGUCACUAGUAUGGAAGAACCGUUUUGAGAUCAUCAUGGGGAUUGCGCGGGGUCUGCUUUAUCUCCAUGAAGACUCCAGGGUCAGGAUCAUCCACAGGGAUAUGAAGGCAAGCAAUGUGCUAUUAGACAGAAAUAUGAUCCCCAAGAUCUCCGACUUCGGCAUCGCGAGAAUGUUUGGAGGUGAUCAGACAACUGAAUAUACCAUGAAGGUCAUUGGGACAUACGGCUACAUGUCUCCGGAAUAUGCAAUGGACGGCGUCUUCUCUAUGAAGUCCGAUAUCUAUAGCUUCGGUGUCUUGGUGAUAGAGAUCAUCACUGGCAAGAGGAAUCGAGGCUUUUACGAUGAUGAGCUUGAUCUCAACCUCCUUGGUUAUGCGUGGAUGUUGUGGAAAGAAGGUCGGGGUGUGGAGCUACUGGAUGAAGCAAUGGGCGGCACCUUUGACUACGAUGUGGUGCUCAGAUGCAUACAGGUCGCUCUCCUGUGUGUUCAAGUGCAUCCUAGGAGCAGGCCACUGAUGUCCUCAGUUGUCAUGUUGCUGAGCAGUGAGAACGCAACAAUGCCAGAGCCAAACGAACCUGGAGUAAACAUUGGGAAGAUCACGUCUGACACUGAAUCGUCUCAAACACAGACAGGAAUCAGCUUAACAGAAACUGCAGUGGAUGCUAGGUAGUUAAGGGUAGAAAUUCUUGUUGCUUUCUUGCUCUAAAGGAAUAGUUUGUACAUCAUAGGCAUUUAUAUUUGGGUCUGUCUAGGACACAUCUAGAUGUGACAUAGUUAUGUCACAUCUAAUCUCAUGUCCACUAUGUUUGUGGUCUACUUUUUUUGUCCCAACUUUUUUUUAUUCCUUGUUGCUGUCUUAUUUGGGGGAGGUUAGAUGUGACAUCCUUAAAAAACAUCUAGAUGUGAAUUAGACAAACUGUUUAUAUUU